AUGGGAGGCAAUUGCACAAAAAGUGAAUCUGAUGAGAAUGUUAUCAGGCCGAGGUUUACAAUUGGCAAAGACUAUCAAGAACUUCCCAAUCAGUUCACAGGAGAAGGCGUUCUGAAAACUAUUUCAUGGAAAGCCACAAUUACAAGACAACAGUUAGAAGCUAAAAGAAUCGAAUUUUGGAGAACAAGGACAACAGGAAGAAGGCACAUUUGGCUUGCAAUAAAAAGUGCCAUUGAAGCUGAUGCAGCCACAGCAAAGGUUUUGCUUGAAAUGAACGAAAUUAAGUUAAGAAACGAAAGCAUCACCAUGUGUGAAGAUCCCCAUGGCACAAUUUAUGAAAUUCCUCCUUAUAUAGUGAAUGACCCCAUCUAUUUUCCAAAUGAAAAAAAGGUUAUGGUCCCUAAGCCUGCUUUGAUAGAGAAUGAGCUUGUGACACUGAAGAUCAGAAGGGCUGGAAAAGAGCAUGAUACAGUCAUCCAGAUAGAAACGAAAAAUGUUUCAAGAGUCCUUAAAGAAAUGUAUGCGGAAAAAGACGGGCUAGAUCCAGAUACUUUACGCCUAUUCUUCAGCGGGAAAGAGUUGAAAGACGAUCAAACCUUGUCAAGCUGCUAUGUUAGAAAUGAUAUGGUCGUCCAAGCUUUUGUGAAGCCAGCCUAG